GUUUCACGGGCUCGAUUCACAUUUAUAUGGGACUUUCUAUACAAACAAAAAAGCUAUGCAAUUGUCUUAUCUGCUCGUCUUGUCGGCUACUUGGUAAGCUAACACUAGUAUGGCCACUUGUGACGGUUGGUGGCCAGAUCUUAUUCAGUGUCAGCACUCAGGACUUUAUUUCAUACCAUGGAUCUUAAUCAUGAACCGCUGGACUAAGCUUAUCUGGCUGGAUAUAUCAAGGAGAUAAGCUCUUAAGUCCGUUGCGCAGUACAAAUUAAACAUACAGGAAUGCGAGCACUGUCCGCUGCCAUUCAAGGAAAGUAUCAAUGAACCUGCCAGAACCCGACAUGACAGAAAGGCAUACUACCUGGUUAAUCACAGGCGCAUCGUCCGGCAUCGGCCGAUCCCUCGCCUUGGAAGCGUUGAACGCCGGGUUCAGAGUUAUCGGCACAACCCGCAACGUCAGCCAAGCCGAAACCAAUUGUGCUGAAUUCUCAUCGCGAGGAGGGACCUGGUUGGAAUUGGACCCUGCCGUGCCGGAUGCCUACCACCAGAUCGCCAAAGUCGCUCAAAAGGAAAACAUCGAUGUGCUAGUCAACAACGCCGGAUACGCCUUCAUUGGCAGUGUGGAAGUUGUCAGCGAGGAGGACGUCCACGCCCAGAUGGAAGUUAACUUCUACGGGCCCCUGCGUACCGUUCAAGCCUGUCUGCCUGCGAUGCGCGCGCGAGGGUCCGGCCAGAUCAUCCUCAUCAGCAGCGGUGCUGGGUUCAUCGCUCGUCCUGCACGGGGUGUUUAUUCCGUCAGUAAAUUUGCCAUCGAGGCCAUUCACGAGUCUCUGGCUCAGGAGGUCAGAUCCUUUGAGAUCAAAGUUCUGAUCGUGGAGCCAGGUGCAUUCCGGACGACUUUUGCGACGAAUUCACAAGCCCGCACGGAUUCAUGAGAGGUUCAGUCACGAUUACAUAAAGACUAUUGUGGAGCAGAUGAUCAACGGUAUUCAUGUCGUGAAGUCGCUCCUGGACUCUGUCAAGGGUGAUCCGGAUAUGGUACCAUGCACGCGGUCAUCAGCAACCAUGAUUAUCUUUGUCUGCCCCUGAGAACAAAUUGCGUCGCUGAGUGAGAGUUGAGAAUCGCAGCCCUACAUUAUGAUGUGAAAGCGACGAAGGUCAUUAUUAUGAGGACGCAUGUUGAGUGAUAAAUUUCGGUCCACUCUAUCAUUGCUAGUUCUAUAAGAAGGCUAAUAUUUAUGAUAUUGAUGAUGAGAGUGUUGUGAAGAACCUCGAUUUCGGUCUACCUUGAUUGUCUGCGGAAACCUGG